CGCAAUCAGUUUGCAUUUGUCGGAGUACAGCUAUACGUAUACAUAUACACAGGAGCUUUACAGCAACGUCGAGAGCACUUCUGGUCUGAGUCAGUGGCGCCGGCUCAUGGAGGUUGUGUGGAUACGACGGGAAGGAUAGGUCGAAGCAGCCAUGCCCGAAUACAAUCUCAAAGGAGUUACGGUCCGCUUUCCGUACGCGGCCUAUGACUGCCAGCUGACUCUCAUGGCCAAGAUCAUCGAGUCGCUUCAGACAUCUGGGAAUGCGUUGAUACAGUCUCCCACGGGCACGGGCAAAACCAUGUGCUUACUGGCGUCGACGCUGGCGUGGCGAGAAGCGUUCAUGGCUAGUCGGCAGCUUGCGUCCGCACUUGAUGAUGGAGGGAAACCUACGAACGAUCCCUUUCGGGCCAACCUGCUAUCCCAGUUGAGCUCUGCUGUUUCCGGCAGCGAGAGAACAGAAAGAUAUGACGGCGAGCCGCCGAAGAUCUACUAUGUAUCACGGACACACAGUCAGCUGUCGCAAGCUGUUGCCGAGCUUCGGAAGUCGGAAUACAGGCCAAGGGUUUGCGUGCUGGGCAGCCGUGAGCAGAUGUGCAUACAUCCAGAAGUGAGCACCGUACCGAAUGUCGCGCGAAGCGCGAUAUGCAAGCAAAAAGUCCAGAAGAAAACGUGCGAAUAUCAUCUGAAUGUGGAGACCUCAAAGUUCCAGAGUGAACAUGAGAUCUUGGACAUAGAGGAGAUAGUACAGUUCGGACAGGAACACAGAGCUUGUCCAUACUUCCUCUCCCGGGCGAGCCAGUCACAAGCGGAUAUCAUUUUCUUACCCUACAACUAUCUGAUUGAUCAAACAUCGCGCAAAAGUCAAAACAUCGAUGUGAAGAACAGUAUCAUCAUCUUUGACGAAGGGCACAAUCUGGAAAGCAGUUGUGGAGAAGCGACAAGCUUUGAGCUUACGGAGGGUGACCUCGACGCUUGUAUCCUGGAAGGGCGCCACUGCAAGGACCUAGUGUCAUUGCCCGCCGUUGGAGCACGGGACGUUUCCGAAGAGGACUUUCAAAUCUUAGUGGAUAUCAUCGUGAAAUGUAAGGAGAGAAUAGCAAACCUACCAUUGACGAAAUCAAAUCAACUCGUCUUGCCUGGAGAAUACAUCUAUGAUCUCUUUGCAUCGAUGGAUGUGACCUUUGAGACUGUGGGAUCGGUCAUCAGAGUGAUCGAGGCAGCAGUGGCCCUGAUGGCACAAGAGACCAAACGACGGCAAAUGAAAACAUCGCUUAACCAGUUCGCCACCGCUUUGAAAGUAGUAUUCAGGGACGGCUACGGUUCGCGACAAGGAGAUUUGAAGGACAUUUGCCGCGAGUAUAAGGUCUUUGUCCAGGGUGAUACGUCGGCGGGCGAUGACGAUGGGUUUCAAGGCCGCGGUGCUGCUGGACGAAAGUUGAGCUUUUGGUGCUUCAGCAGCGGUGUUGCCAUGAAAGAUCUUGUGCAACGCGGAUGUCGGUCUAUCAUUCUCGCUUCCGGGACUUUGAGCCCUCUGGAGUCUUUUGCUUGCGAGAUGGGUAUACCUUUUCAAAGUCGGUUAGAGAAUCCACACGUUAUCGAGCCGGAUCAAGUUUUUGUUGGAAUUGUUCAAUGUGGACCUGCUGGUGUUCAACUCAGCUCAUCAUACGAGAACCGAAAGUCACCGGCGUACAUUACUGACCUUGGCAACGCCAUUGUGAACUUCGUACGGAUCGUUCCGGACGGUCUUUUAUGCUUUUUCCCGUCAUACACGGUACUCAAACUCUGUAUGGAAGCAUGGGAACGGCCCAAUCAAGGGGCAUCCGUGAGCAUCUUGGAUAGGAUACGAAAGUAUAAGCACACCGUGACUGAGCCAAAGGCGAAAGCAGAGUUCGGACAGACGCUGGAAGAGUUCUACAGGCACUUGAACGAUCCAGAUUUGUCUGGCGCGGUCUUUUUUGCCGUCUGUAGAGGGAAGGCUUCCGAAGGUCUGGAUUUCAGCGAUUCCAAAGGCAGAGCGGUCGUAGUGUGUGGGAUCCCUUUUCCAUCUCACAUGGACCCGAAAGUCAAACUGAAACGGCAGUAUCUGGACGAGCAACACGCAGACAAGAAAACCCCACAGAUCCAAACAUUGUCAGGCAGCGACUGGUACAAACAACAAGCUGCUCGCGCCGUAAAUCAAGCUCUAGGCAGAGUAAUCAGGCACAAGAAUGACUAUGGAGCAAUCUUACUAUGCGACUUCCGAUUUCGUCAAAACAUCAGUCAGCUUCCCGUGUGGGUCCGCCAACAUGUUCGCGUGCACAACAAUUUUGGAGAGGUUCAAGGACAGCUCGGUCGUUUCUUCCGGCACAUGGAUGAGAAGCAGGGGCAAACGAAAGUCAUUGCAAAGAAGUCGGCAGACGCCAAGGUGGCAGCUAGGGGGAAUGCUGCUGUGAUGGAACAUAAGGUCUUUCAAAGCAUCGUGCAGACGAAGACAGUGGUAAGCUUGGAACACUCACAGGUGGAAAUCAAAACGAAGCGGGCCCGAAGUGCAACAAAAGAAAGUAGCGAGAUGUGGCAGCAGUUGAAGGGUAUCAAUUCCCUAACGACGGUGGAGAGGAUGGGUGGAGAGUCCGCAUCCUCGUCUAAAACAACGAUGGAAAUCACGCGAACAACAGCGUACAAGUCGGUUCCAACAUCGCUCAUGAGAAGCAGCAGCACCGUCCUACGCAAACCCCUGCAUCCACAUCUCAGUGCGAAAGCUAGACAGGCAUCCGUGCAGGAAGUGCAGGAUGAUGAUGGUCUCAAGUCCGUGCCCGUGGACGCCCAGAGCGCGCGCAAACGGCCAUUGUCCGCAGACGAUGAAGGUCAACCAUUCCACAAUCAGGCGACAGACUCCAUAAGCAUUGAAAAUCAACAGCCAUCUUCAUCACGACGGAGCAACACGAAAGCUUACAUCCAGAAGGUUAAGGCUGCCUUAUCUGUGGCCCACUUUAGCGACUUCCAACAUGGCUUGAAGAGCUUCAAGAGUGGAGAUAUUGACAUUUCCAAGCUGGUGGACUCCUUACUCCUCUUGUUCAAAGGGGAUGAAGACCUGAUUUGGGGAUUGAGUGAUUUCAUUCCGAGAAAGCACCGCGGGCUUUUUGAGGAGCGCGUUAGAAGACAUCAGACGACAGAUAGUUGAACCGUCAGCGCUCCGGCUAUUCAAUUUUUGGAUAUUUUCAAAAUGUAUGUAUAUAC